AUGGGCCGCAUGGAAGGCUACAAUUUCCCCUUUGUCCUUUACAGUAGAAGAUCUGUCAUUGGGUUUCAAGAUGGCAAAUCAAAGACUUUAGAAAAUAGUCCAGUUAAAUCUGAGAAAGGAAUAGCUGCUGAUAGUGAUGAGAUUUUUGUUGCAGUCGGGCAAUCAAAAUUUGUUCUAGAGAACCUUCAGCAUUACACGGUCCGUCCAAAUUUGGCCCAGUACUACAAACCUUUGAAGGCCACCGCGCUGCAGAAGUUCCUGGCUCAAAAAAGGAAAACCACAAGCUUCAUGUUAAAAGUAGCAGAGUAUAAUCAGGAUAAGACUUCACUGAUAAUGACCAACAACCCCCUUCCCCACCCAAUCAACCACGAAGAAAAGGACAGUGCACCAAAAUACUUUCCCAAGGAGUUACUGCUCAAGGUAAUGGGACCUGGGGAAGAAAGUUAUCAUCAGCACAAACCCACCGAGAACCUCUGCCUGCCCCUGAUGUCUCAGAAAAAAAAGUUAAGAUCUGGGCUUAAACCAAUCUUCCUUCUGACACAGUUGGACGAUUCUACAACCAAGCGGAAACAGUGGUUUAGGUUUUCCACUGACAAUGAUUUCAAGAGUGAAGGGAAAUAUUCGAAACAAUGUGCUUUGAGGAAACAGAAAAAAAUGUACCCUCAGCUCAACUUUGCUCUAGUCUGUGAAAGAGAUUUGAGGAAAAAUGUCUCCAAGAAGUCAGAGAGUGAAAUGCCGAUUUCCAAAAAGGCUUGGGAACCACUAACCCUCUCGACGCUCCUGGAAGAGAAGCCCACCAGAACCGUGCCCGGGGAAAGCGCCUUCCGCAACGGAAGGGCCCCGCAGUGGAUUAUCAAAAAUGCCACUGUCAUUCAGUGA